UUUAUACCACUCGCUCUCCAGUUCAACUUCUCAUCCAAGACAAAUACCAAGGGGAGACCUCAAGCACAUAAUCCUUGCAAACUCAACAUCUUUUCAUCACUUUUUACCACUUGCCUCCUCCAAGCAAACCAUUAAUAAAUACCCAUAUUCCUACACUAAUCUUAUUAUUCUAGUUGAUCAAAUUCAUAUGAAACUAACCCCCUGGCCAUAUUUAAGUAACCAAAUUGACUUCAAGUGCAAGAUAAGCAACAGUUUUAUUAUGCAGUGUGAGCUGUGUUUGCUCGAGGCGACUGAACUGGCAGCUUAUCAAAACUCGAUGUCAAACCUGCACAAGCAUGUUGAGGUAAACAGGACACUCGGGAGACCACCGGAGAGUCUCCGAGAUACACGGCCAUCCUUCAAGCACCUGUAGACCAACAGGGAUACAAUUCCUUGAUUUGGAUGUAGUCACGGUGUCAGGGCCAUGCAAAUAGGUUAGGCAAACACUGCCCUCAAGCCACACUGCAGCCUUUGUGAUCCUGCAUCGUCCGUGAGCAGUUAUCAGAAAAAUACUAAACCACCUAAACCAAAUUUGGAGCUGUGAAGCCGGAGGAUCAUUUUUCUUCUCUCAAAGUGCCGAAGAUGAGCGAAGCCAAAAGCAUUAAGGAAGGCGUCCUGCUGAAGAUGUCCCAGCAGAAAAAGAAAAUAUCCCCCAAGAACUAUAAAGAGAGGCUCUUUGUUCUGUCCAGCCAAGCCCUGAUUUAUUAUGAACAUGAAAAGGGGAAGAAGAAGAGAAAAAAGGGAUCAAUUCUGACAGACAGAAUCUGUUGCGUGGGGAAAGUUGAGCCUGAGAAGAACGCGCCUGUAGAAAGAAAGUUCCCCUUUCAGAUUGCGUACGAUGAGUGCAUCCUGUACAUGUUUGCGAAGGAUGAAACAACUAGGACGGACUGGAUAGAGGAGAUAAUGCAAGUAAUAAGGGGUAAUGACAAGCUUUCUGCUAAGUACCACAAAGGAUUCUGGGUUGACGGAACGUUCCAGUGCUGCGGCCAGACCACAAAGAAUGCCCCAGGCUGUCGUGACAUCGACAAAGAAUCAGUGAAGUUCAAAGCUUCUCGAAAUACUGCAUUACCUCCUGUGCCUUCUGUAAUGCUCCGAGGGAGAAUUCAACUUCCUCCCAUCCCAGAAGAUGAAGGCAGCACUUGUGUGGAGGUUGUGGCCCUGUAUGACUACACUGCCAGCAAACCUGGAGAGAUCAGUCUAGUGAGGGGGAAGAGGUAUAUCUCUCUGGAGAAGAUGCCAGGAGAAUGGUGGAAAAUCAGGGACGCCUCCAGUGCUGAAGGACUUGUCCCUUCAAAUUACAUAGAAGAAGUAGAAGAAAACAACAGUGCCAAGGAUGCAAUAUCCAGGAGGACCAAAAAGGAAAGAACCAGCAAAUUAAAAUCACAAUGCUCUGUUGAUGACAGCAUAGAGAACUAUCCCUGGUAUGUGGGCAACAUGUCUCGAGUGAAGACUGAGCAGCUACUACGUGAAAAGGGGAAAGAAGGAUCAUUUGUGGUCAGAGAUUCCAGUCAAAAAGGGGUCUACACAGUGUCGCUCUUCAGUCGAGCGCUAGACGAGCUGAACGGGACUGUAAGACAUUAUCUCAUUAACGUCAAUGACGAUGGGCUGUACUACUUGGCAGAGAACCACCUGUUUGAGUCCAUCCCCCGGAUGAUCGAGUACCAUCAACAUAAUGGGGCAGGCCUGCUGACAAGAUUACGGCUUCCUGUUACAGAAAUCAAUCCCCCACCUCAGACAGCACAGGGUGUGUGGGAGCUAAGGCGAGAAGACAUGCGUCUGGAAAAAGAGCUCGGCAGCGGCCAGUUCGGAGUGGUCCAGCUCGGCGUGUGGAAGGGCAAACAUCAGGUGGCCAUUAAGAUGGUGAAAGAGGGCUGCAUGUCCUCAGACGAAUUCAUAGAGGAAGCCCAGAUCAUGAUGAAACUCAGGCAUCCUAAGCUCGUGAGGCUGCAUGGUGUGUGUACCGAGUGCUUCCCUAUUUACAUAGUGACGGAGUUCAUGAGUAAUGGUUGCCUGCUAGAGUACCUGAGGCAUCAUGGAAAAGAACUGCAGCCACAGCGUCUCCUUACCAUGUGCCUGGAUGUAUGUGAGGCGAUGGCUUACCUCGAGGAAAAGCAGUUCAUUCACAGAGAUCUAGCAGCGAGGAACUGUUUGGUAGAUCAAGACCUAUCUGUCAAAGUGUCUGACUUUGGAAUGGCAAGAUAUGUGCUGGAUGAUCAGUAUACAAGUUCGGCUGGAACAAAGUUUCCUGUGAAGUGGUCAGCCCCUGAGGUUUUGAACUACACCAGGUUUAGCAGCAAGUCUGACGUAUGGGCUUACGGUGUGCUGAUGUGGGAGGUGUACAGUCUGGGCAAACAGCCCUAUGAGCACUAUGAUAAUACACGAGUAGCUGAGAAAGUGAUGCAAGGUCAUCGUCUGUACAGACCCCAACUGGCCUCAGACCAGAUCUACCAAUUUAUGAAGUCAUGCUGGCAUGAGCUUCCAGAAGAGAGGCCCACCUUCCAACAGCUUUUGAUCGAUAUCGGUGCAUUUGUAUAGGGAGGGAACAAUAACAAUACAUGCCACGAACUUUAUUUGGAUACCUAAGCAUUAAAGUAAUCUUAUAAAAGGUCCUUGUGCUACACUGACAUUGCCAACCUGGUGAAUCAAUUUGUAUUUCUUUAUUGUUAUGAGGCAGCAAUAAUAAUAAAAAAAAAUCUCUAUGCACUGUAAA